UCCAAACCUCCCUGGGCAGCCCCUGCCAAGGCCUCACCACCCUUUCCAGCAGGAAAAGGUGAUGUUACGCUGUCUCACCCGUUGUAACAACAAUGUGCAUUCCUGAUUUGGCUCUUGCACUGCUGCAGAGUCUCCACCUUAUCCCCCUGACACCGCAGGGCCGAAAACUCGGUGUCUGCUUUUAAACACAAAUCAAGAUUCUCCCUCAUGGCUUCUGAUCCCUCCAACAGCAGCUCCUCCUCCUUCACCCUGGUGGGUGUCCCUGGCCUGGAAGCUUUCCCCACCUGCCUGGGUGUCCUUUUCUGCUCGGCCUAUGUCAUGGCCCUGGUAGGAAACGGGGCGGUGUUGCUGGUCACUGGGCUGGACAAGUCCCUGCGUGCCCCCUGCCACCGGCUCCUGGCCAUGCUGGCGGCCGUCGACGUGCUCAUGGUGACGGCCGUGGUCCCCAAGCUGCUGAGCGUGCUGUGGCUGAACUCCGCCGAGAUCGGCUACGUGGCCUGCUUCGUCCAGAUGUUCCUCGUCCACUCCGCGACGUCGGAGGAGUCGGGAUUGCUCCUGGCCAUGGCCGUCGACCGCUACGUGGCCGUCUGUCACCCCCUCAGGUACCACAGCAUCCUGAGCGCCCGGGCCGUGGCCCAGAUGGGCCUGGCCGUCGUGCUCAGGGCUCUCCUCUUCAUGGUGCCCCUGACGGGGCUGGUGACGUCCCUGCCCUACUGCGGCCCGCGCGUGGUGCCCCACUCGUACUGCGAGCACCAGGCCGUGGCCGGGCUGGCCUGCGCCGACCCCGCGCCCGCCGGGCUCUACAGCGUGGCCGCCUCCUCCCUCACCGUGGGCGCGGACGGGGCCUGCAUCGCCGCGUCCUACGGCCGCAUCCUGCGGGCCGUGCCGGGGCACGGGGCGCACCGCAGGGCCCUGAGCACGUGCGGGUGCCACCUGUGCGUGGUGCUGCUCUUCUACCUGCCCGGCAUCGUGUCCGUCUACGCCCAGCACUUGGGCAGCGCCGUGCCCGCGCCCGCGCGGGUCCUGCUGGCAGACCUGUACCUGGCCCUGCCCGCCGCCCUGAACCCCCUCGUGUACAGCGUGAGGACCAGGCCCGUCCGCCGGGCCCUGCUCAGGAUGCUCCUGCCCGGCAAGGCUCGUGCCUGA